AUGGACAGUCCCAGCAACACCACCCUGCCCCGAGGCUUUCUCCUUCAAGGCUUCUUCGAGUUCCCACAGCUGAAGCCUGUGCUCUUCCUGCUGCUGCUGACCGUACACCUGACCACCCUCAGUGGGAACCUGCUCAUCCUGGUGGCUGUGGCCUCAGUGCCCAGCCGGCCGCCCAUGCUGCUCUUCUUGUGCCAGCUCUCGGUCAUCGAGUUCUGCUACACACUGGUGGUGGUGCCCCGCUCACUGGCUGACCUGACCAUGCCGGGCCACACCAGGGGCAGCCCCAUCUCCUUCCUGGGCUGUGCCGUUCAAAUGCAGAUGUUCGUGGCACUGGGCGGGGCAGAGUGCUUCCUGCUGGCCGCGAUGGCCUAUGAUCGCUACGUGGCCAUCUGCCACCCACUGCGCUAUGCGGCUGUGGUGACCCCUGGGCUCUGCGCCCGACUGGCCCUGGCCUGCUGCCUCGGGGGCCUGGCAGUGUCGCUGGGGCUCACGGUGGCCGUCUUCCACCUGCCCUUCUGCGGUUCCCACCUGCUGGUGCAUUUCUUCUGCGACAUCACUGCGCUGCUGCACCUGGCCUGCACCCGGAGCUAUGCCGACGAGCUGCCGCUGCUGGGUGCCUGCCUGGUGCUGUUGCUGCUGCCCUCCAUGUUCAUCCUGGCCUCCUACGGGGCCAUCGCCGCAACCCUGCGCUCCCUGCGCUCUUCCGGGGGCCGCCGCAAGGCCGCCUCCACCUGCACCUCGCACCUGGCGGUCACCUUCCUGCACUACGGCUGCGCCACCUUCAUGUACGUGCGGCCCAAGGCCACCUACUCCCCGCGGCUGGACCGCACCUUGGCGCUAGUCUACACCAACGUCACGCCGCUGCUCUACCCACUUAUCUACAGCCUGCGCAACCAAGAGAUCACCACUGCCAUCCGCAGAGUGCUGGGGCGCCUGAGGCCGGGCAAAGCCAUAGGUCAAGGUCUGUAUAAGCCCUGA